AUGGAAAUUGUGCUUCGGAAACAUGAAGACCCUCAAGUCACUUUUUGCAAGAUUUCGCUUCAAGAAAACACAACAAUCACAGAACUGAAACAAAAAAUUGAAGAGAAAGUGAGAGUGAACGCUAACAGGCUAAAACUGUACACUUAUAUGUGCGAUGUAAAAGUGAUGAUUGUUGAAGGAUGGUCCUGUAAGUUUUAUGGCCUUGAAAAUGGAUCAAGUGUGCUUCUUGAAAUGGUUCAUUUAAGAGAACAGCUUGAUACAAAUCACCAGGAGCUGCUUGUUGAAAGCUAUGGGAGAAAAAGAUACUCAGACGCCAAUUUGAUUGGAAAGGCUAUAAUGGUAAGGGUAACUUACCUUUCUGAAAAAGCAAUAUAAAGUGAAAAAUCAAAAAUAUGUUAGAAAUGUCUUAUAUAAAUAAUAUUUUUGCUUAUAUAAUUAAUAAUUAAAGGUUAAUUUUAAGAAAAGUAAUAAGUUCAUAAUAAAAAACUUUAAAAAAUAUUAGGUACUUUUCUUUAAAACAGAAAUAUUGACUUUCCUCGAAAGGGAGAAUUAGAUUGCAAAAUUAGGGACUCCGGAAGAGUUGAGGGAAAUAAUUGAGCAGUAUACAGCAAGUAUGAACUAUACUGUUCCAAAGGGAGAAAUUACAACAUUCUUAAACAAGCCUUACAAAACUGGGUGAAGGUGCAUUCAUCAUGCCUGCAAAAGCGGGAACGUUGAAAUAGUAAAAGAAUUACUAAAUUGAAGAGUCAAUUUAAACAGAGAAACUGACGAUGGCUGGACUGCUUUACAACUGGCAUGUGCAAAUGGCCAUUUUGAAUGUGCCAAGCUAUUAGCAUCUUGUCCAAAUAUCGACGUCAAUCAAAUGUCCAGAGACAAAGGCUCGGCACUUCAUUUGGCGUGCCAGUCAGGGGAUACAGCAAUUGUUAUUCUGUUGCUUGAACAUGGAGCUUCAAUGACUUUAGAAGACCCAGUUGGGAAAAUCCCAUUAGAAUACGCCAACAAGCCUGCGAUUUUAGAAGAAAUCCCAAAAUACAUGGGUGAGCAAAUGCUUAAAAGAUAUACUAUUAAAAAAGUUAGAGAUCCUGACAUGCCGCCUAAUUUUUCAGGGGUCAUAAAUUGAAGCAAGCCUGUAUUUGGCACCGAUAAAUUGGUUUAUUUGGUCUUAGACGUCGAAGAAGGAUUUUUAUAUCACUAUAAAUCACGUGAGUCGUUUUUAGAUAACCAAGAGCCUAAAUAUUCCAUCAUUUUCGAUGAAGUCCGAGACUUAAAAAAUCUCUUUACAAAAGGAUUUAAUAGAAGUUAUUAUUAUUUCAUUAUAGAAACUGCUGCUUUAAAGUUCAAAUAUAACUCAUAUUAUCCUGAAGUGUGUGAACAAUGGACCAAGAGAAUAAAAGAAGCCUGUGACUACUGGCAAAGACUAAAGACAAAAGACAGUUCACCAACAAGAAACCCAAUACAUUUCAUAGCUAUAACUAGAGAAACAUCUGACAUUAAUGAAUCUGGGGUCCCGAAAGCGAACAUUGAACCUGGGUCACCUGUCUUGCCUGACUCAGGCGAACCGAAAUUUGGGAUUUCUGAUCUCUUGAGUGAAGUAACACCUCAAACAAAACAAUAUGACAUUGUAGAAGAAAUUGGAGUGGAGCACUUAGGGAGGCUUUUCAAAGCAUUGAAAAUUGACAGCAAUAAGAUUUUCUGCAUGAAAGUCUAUAAUAAGCCUCAUUUACAGCUAAUUAACGGAGUCAAAUUUGCUAUGACUGAGUACAGAAUCCUUAAAAAAACAAAGCAUCCAUUUAUAUUAUCGCUCCAUCAGUCAUUUCAAUCGCAGAAUCACCUAUACUUAGUCAUGGAAUAUUGCCCGAAUGGAACACUCAGGAACCAUUUGGACUUAAGGAGGCAUUUCGAUGAAGAAUCUGCCAAGAUUUACCUUGCUGAAGCAGUCCUUGCCUUAGACUAUCUCCACAAGCUUGACGUUGUUUAUCGAAAUCUAAAGCCUGAAACCAUUUAUUUGGACGCCCUAGGCCAUAUCAGACUUACUAAUUUCCAAUUGGCUAAAGAAGACGUAAGCCAAGCUAAUCCAGCAAAAUCGUUUUGUGGGGCUCCAGCUUAUAUGGCUCCGGAAAUAUUGCAAAAGCAAUCAUCAAAUCAAGCAUUAGACAUGUAUAGCUUAGGAUCCCUAUUAUACGAAAUGCUCACAGGGAUGCCACCUUAUUAUAAUGAAGAUACACAAGUUUUAUUUAAAAAUAUAAAAUCAGCGAAGUUGACAUUUCCAAGCUAUAUUUCUGACGGUGCAAAAGAUUUAAUCAGCCAAUUAAUGAACAGGAACCCCGGUAAAAGACCAUUGACUUCGCAAAUGAAAAAGAUGAAAUUUUUUGAAGGCGUUAAUUGGAAAGCACUGUAUUCAAGAAAAACGAGACCGCCAAGGCUUGGGCCUGAAUGGAAUCAAGUUGAUACAAUUGAUGAGUCUUCAGGAGCCAAGCCACCAUCUAGAAGUUCAUCUGGACCGAUUUAA